UACAGGCCCAACCAGUCUGGAAAGAAUAGUGAAGGUGAACAGUCGGGCGGCAUUAUGUUUUGAUAGCGAUAGCCAUUAUUUUGGCCACCAUUUUGGUGUUCAAGGGUGUGAAGAUAUUCAACUAUAUAGACCACAUGGCUGGCAUCAUGGAGAUGAUACCAGGACCCACGCCAUAUCCCUUCGUGGGUAAUCUUUUUCAGUUUGGCCUCAAGCCAGACGAAUACCCCAAAAAAGGUCUUGCAAUAUUGUCGGAAAUACGAUUUUCAGGGAUUUCGUUCUCUGGUCUUCCUGCAGUACCACAUGAUGCUGAGUGAUCCGGCGGAAAUUCAGAACAUUCUGUCAAGUUCAUCGCUGCUGUACAAGGAGCACCUUUACUCCUUUUUGAGACCCUGGCUGGGGGACGGUCUGCUCACCAGUUCCGGUGCCCGCUGGCUAAAGCACCAGAAGCUCUACAUCCCCGCCUUCGAAAGACAGGCCAUCGAGGGAUACCUGCGGGUGAUUCAUCGGACGGGCGAACAAUUUGUCCAGAAGCUCGACGGUCUGUCGGCCACUCAGGAAAUCUUCGAUGCCCAGGAACUGGUUGCCAAGUGUACACUGGAUAUUGUGUGCGAAAACGCGACUGGCCAGGGCAGUAGCUCGCUGAAUGGAGAGCCCUCGGAUUUGCACGGCGCCAUCAAGGAAUUGUGCGAUGUGGUGCAGGAGCGCACCUUCAGCAUUGUGAAGCGGUUCGAUGCCUUGUUCCGACUUACCUCCUACUACUUGAAGCAGCGCCGAGCUCUGUCCCUCCUCCGCCGCGAACUAAAUCGGAUUAUUGCGCAACGUCGACACAAGUUGGCCCUGGUAAAUACAAGUCAGUCAGGGCAGCCAAUAAACAAACCCUUCCUCGACGUCCUGCUCUCUGCCAAACUAGAUGGCCGAGCCCUCAAGGAGCGGGAGAUUAUCGAGGAAAUUUCCACCUUCAUAUUUACCGGUCACGAUCCUAUAGCCGCCGCCUUAUCCUUCACCAUGUAUACUCUAUCCCGCCACUCGGCGAUUCAGCAAAAGGCUUUUGAAGAACAGCAGCGCAUCUUUGGCAAUAAUUUAUCGGGAGAGGCGGACUUGGUUUGCCUGGACAAGAUGUACUACCUGGAGGUGAUCAUUCGAGAAACCCUGCGAUUGUAUCCAUCUGUGCCGCUGAUUGCCCGAACCAACCGCAAACCCAUCGACAUUAAUGGCACCAAGGUGGCCAAGCGGACCACGGUGAUCAUGUGUCUCAUAGCCAUGGGCUACAAUGAAAAGUAUUUCGACGAUCCGUGCACCUUCCGUCCCGAGAGAUUCGAGAAUGCCAGCGGAAAUGUGGGCAUCGAGGCUUUUAAGAGUGUGCCAUUUAGUGCAGGCCCAAGGCGGUGCAUUGCUGAAAAGUUUGCCAUGUACCAAAUGAAGGCUCUGCUCUCACAGUUGGUGCGACGAUUUGAAAUCUUGCCGGCCGUAGAUGGACUUUCCCCCGGAAUCAACGACCAUUCCCGCGAGGACUGUGUCCCACAGAGCGAAUACGAUCCAGUAUUAAAUAUUCGAGUCACGCUGAAGUCGGAAAAUGGCAUUCAAAUCAGACUGAAAAAGCGAUGAGUUUAUCAAUUUAUGGUGCAAUACCAAACUUCUAAAUUAUAUUAAUAAACUGCGACCAUAGGU